UCAGACAGCAUACUGCCAAAGGAAGGCAGGCAAGAGAGGGGGGAAAAGACAUUAUUUUUUUUCUCCUGUGUGGUUUUUAAAAGCAAGAAUACAGCAUCUUUAGACAGGAUGUGCUCUUGCAGGAAUUUAAGUGGAAGAGACAAAGAAACCAUGCCACCAGCAGCAUCGGAGAAAAAAACUGAAACCACCAAGCAAUGAGAAUUCAGUCCAGAGAAUCUGAGGAGAAGAAAAAGCAAACUGGCCAACAGAGAUCAGUCAGGAAAUAAUUCCAGUAGAAGGGGAUACAAAAAAUUUGGUGUUUGUAACAUUUUCACAGCAGCAUCACCAUAAAGAAAUUGUGUUCUGGAAUUUCCAUCAGGGAGUGACGAGCACUACAAUUAAGAUCCAAACAACAUCAUCAGUGCUGCAGCUUCUCCAAGGAACAUCUUCCCUUUCCACAGGGAGAUCAGCAUCAAGAGAGACAAAAAACUCCCAAGCAACAUCCUGAUGGGAAUAACCGUCCAAAACAUCACAGGAAGCACAGCAAUGGUAAUUUGGCCAAAAAUGGCCGGUUGUGUCGACAGCUUUUACAGCAUCAUGUACCACCCUAACUGGAACAGCAUGCUAUCCAGCUACUCCAGAAAGAGCUUUCAGAAGGAAGAGAGGGUGCCCACCACCCGCUCCUCCUUUGUUGUUGAAAACCUGACUCCCCUCACAACGUACAUCAUGUGCGUGACCUGCCAGUCCGCAAACCCCUCCAGCGACCAGUGCAGAGUUUUUAACACACUGGAGCGAGACCCAGGCUCGGCGAGCAGCACCAAGAAAGAGCUGGCCCUGGGCAUCUGGCUGACCAGCAGCGUCCUGCUCCUCAUCAUCGCUGCAGUCCUGCUCUACGGCUGCCUGCACCUCCUGUGCCGCAGGAGACGCGAGCGCCUGCGAGAGCGGGACGGGACCUCCAAACAACAGCAUGAGCAGCCAUGGACCAAAAACGCAGCCUACGUCUUAGAUGAGGCCAGCAGGCAGAGCCAGCAGACGCAGGAUGCUGAGGAAAAGCAUCCAGGUAGCAUCCAGCUGGCCACAAUCAUAGAGAAUCUCGCAGUGUGCAAUGAGCCCAUUGUGCCAUCUUCUAAAAGUCAGGAACAAGUCCCAGUAACAGGACAGCACUCAGCUAUAAAUUAGAAACAUUUCAUCCAGAAGGUUUUUGCUCCAUAAGGUACCUUCAAACACAUCACAUGCACUGUUGGUGCUCACAACAGGGAGCUCUCACUGCUGGCCACAUCACUUCUGGCUGUACCUCUCAUGUCACACCCCUUUCCAACAGCCUGUAUGUAAAGGUUCCCAAAGUAUGCAAAGUGCCCCAGAAGUGCGCACUUCAGCCAACCUCCAUUAUUUAAAAAUGAAGCAUGUAGCAAGUAAUUGGUUUACAUUUCAAGGGGAUGUUUUCAUUGUUUUUCUUUAGUCUAAAACAGCAAACAAAUAUAAAAAGUAAUCAAAACUGACCAAAAGAAUUUUUAUUAACUAGCAUGAAUAAAACUGAGUAGAAGUUUUGAGAUGGCAACCCAGACUGCUACACUACAGGCAACUGGAACAUACACACAGAGUGCAGAGGUUUGCCAGUGUGAGGUUUAUCCUGACAAUCCCAGCUGCUUCCCAAAACACACACUACAAAUAGUACUACACUCAGACAACACACUCCACUGCCCAGGGCAUUGUCCUGCCCUCCCAUCUGCACUGAGGUCAGUCUCAGAAUGUAAAAUAAACUCACCAGGAUUAACUGUACUCUCUAAUCUGUCUUCUUUUCCCCCAGUCUAAAUACACGCAAGAUACUGACUUUGUAAGGAAUGUCUAAUUAAAGAAAUAUCCUGGAUUACCACAUUUUGCACUCUUCUGCUUCCACCACAAGCUACCUGCUGCUCCAUGGGCCAGUAACUCCCUGCAGAGGAAAUGGAAUUCAGAGAGACGGCUCCUGGCCCUUCCUUUUCUCCUUCCCUUUCAGUUUUAAUGAUAACACGCAUUAAUCAGCUGCAAAUUCCUUUCCAAUUGCACAGAACAUGAAAGGGGACAAAAUAGUAAAAACAUGCCAAAAUGCAUUUUAUUUUUGUAACAAGAAAACCUGCUGAUCAUCUCACUCUGCCUUGAGCUUCGUGGCAAAGUGCCAAGGUCCUUCAGACAGAAAUCUGCUCACCCUCACAACAUGACAAGUGUCAUCUGAUUUACAUGUAUAAGUCACCCUGUUUUAAACCUCUUAAGUGCAUUUGUGCUCCAUAAAAACAUAAUAAAUCUUAGCAUUGCUGUAUACUAUGCCUAAAAAAAGAAAGGUGUGCUGUGACUGCAGGCACUUAAUUGCUCUUGUUAUGAAUGUAUGUGUGAAGUCAGCUCCAUCUGACACAGCUCAGUUGUACCAGUUGUACCAGUGAAGGCUGGAGAACUUCUGGCUGGGCAGCUGCCAUCCCUCUUCACUGGGCCCUGGAGGCUAAGGGGGGAUACAGUUUUGGCAAGAGAGCUCCCCAUGAAUAUCUCACAGCAGGUAGUGGAUCUUUUCAGCUACUCUAUUUUGACAACAAUUCCCACGACUUGUGAAAUGCAUCAACUCUCAGAGUGCUAGGGAGAAGCUGGCAUAAGUGUGAUGAAUCUUUACUUUUUUUUUUUUUUUUUUUAAGAUAAGCAUGACACACAGAAACGUUUGCUGAACGGGGGCGAGUAUGACUUUCAGAAAACACUUCAAAAGGCAUUUUUAUUGUGUGAAGUUAGCAAUAACAUGUUCUCCACCUGCUGCAGAGCUCUUCCUCCAGCUGACACCUUUUUCUUUGUCUUGCACUCUGCACUCAGUCUCAAAUAAACCGUGAGAAUAACAGUUCACUGCUGUUUUAAGUGACAGUGUUAGGUGAAAUAGGCACUGAAACACCCUCAUCAGAGCAUGAAGCCAACACAACAGGUUUACUGCCAGAAAAGGGUGCCUGGGUAGCAAGAACAGAAAAAAUGCUUUAAAAUUAUCUUGUUAUCAAAUUAACAGUAAUGCUUCUCUGAUUAGGUUUUCAUAAAAAAAAAUAUUAUUUUAAUAUUAAAGGGAUGAAACUAAGAGAGACACAGUCAAUCUCUGCCAACAUCUUGGGCUCUUGGAAACCUGUUUACUUCUAUGCAUGUCCAUUUCUUUAUGUGUUUUAUGAGUUUUAAGGCAGUCCAAGACAUAUACUCACAUUUAUGUUAUAUACACAUGUACAUGCCAUACUGAGAACAAGGAGCAGUUCAGUCUUACAGCAGUUUCAAGGCAAUUAAUCUACUGCAUUUUGUUAUUUGUAAACAAACACACAUAACCAAAAGACAUGCCUAUAUCCAACUGAGAAGGCAAAGAGCUACCAUGGAAGUGCUUCCCAAGGGACUUACCUUCUCUAAAUAUAAAACCAUUCCACCCACAGAGUUUACUGUGCACUACUAAGAUAAACAUUCAUAUCAUCCCACAAGCAAUGGACCAUCUCCCACCUGCUGCAAACGAGCAACUCAUGCAGAGUGUCAUCUGUUUUCUGCUCUAGUUUUGAAAAACUCAUGUCAUCACAUGCUCACAGAGCUACAUGAUUCUCUGUUUCUUGCUGAGAAAGUUUUAUUAAGGUUCAUUCAGGCAAUUCUGUAUUAGAUUUGAUAAUUCACCACUCAAUAUUAGCAGCCAUCGAAAAAAGGGCAAAUAUUCUAGAUGAUUACCAAACUGAUAGAAAGUUGUAGUGCAAACUGAUUUCAAUUUGUGCACCAGAGGUGGAUAAAAAAACAUUAUAUUCACAGUAAGAAGUACCUUUCAAACAUGUAUUUUUCACAAAAUAAAUGAGCUAGCAUGUACAGAGUGAUGAAGACAUAAAAACAUGACAAUAUUUGGAAAAUAUUGUACAAGACAGAAAAAACGCCCUGCAAUUCUGGUCUACAAAACCUCUAUAAAACCAAGUAUUUCAUAAACAUGCAAAGUUAGUUCAAGCCCCCAGAAAAGAUACUUUCUUAUAUGUAUAUUAUAAAAUAUUUCAUGCAUUCACCCCAUAUUGCCAAAUUCCAGCCUGUUAACAUUAGUAUCAUUAAUCCUACACAUACUUUACCUGAGUAAAAGGGUUUCAUUGAUCAUGCUCAACCAAACUUUCGGAAUAAUCCAGCUCACUUUUAAAGGCUAAUUAAAGGCUAAUUUUGAAGGCUUGCUCCUUCCCACCUGACCACUCUGCUUCCAUAUCAACCAGAAGUAGUAAGUUGUAUCUGUGAGUUUUUGUUUUGCUAAUUGCAUGAAGAUACCACUCAGAAAACUUUAGGUGCUAAAGAGAAUGUUACUACAACUCUAUUCUAAGUAUCAAGACACAUUAAUAUAGAACAGAUGCUUUGAUCCAUUUAGAAAUAUCUGGGAAUAUUUGAAUACUUUGAGAUACAAAU